CACGCAGGUUAACAACCUCUUCUUUAUAUAUUCAGUCUCCAGCUACAUUGUGAGGAUUUUACCUCCAUCGUGUUCCCGCCCACUGACGUCAUUGGUCAACUGACUCAGAUGUGACAGAUUGAUUGGCUGAUUGACUUCCUGCCGGAAGAGUCCACCUUGUUGCGGCCGUUUGUUUAUGGCAUAGAUUUGUUUAUGGUCUGAGAAGAAGAAGAAGCAGUUUUAUGGCUUCCACCAUAUUUAUUCAUUAGGAGGAUUUUCCACACCACGAUAUGAAUAACUGUUUGUGCCUGUUCAGUAUUUGUAAAUGGAAUCAAGAGGGAAAAUCGAAGACGGCAGUAGUCAGCUCCAGUUUCAGCCUUUACUCAAGUACAUUUACUCAAGUUUCGCACGAGUUUGGAGUAGUUUUAAAUCAGUAUUUACAUUUUCAGCUACUUAAAUGUCAUGAUUGCAAACUCUUGAGGACUUUUUGGUAAAAUGUUUUGUUUUCUCUUUUCUUUUUGUUUGCUCUGGUUUUUACUGUGUGUGGAUUUGCAUGUGUCGUUUUUCAUGUUACAUUUCCUUGUGUGUGUGUGUGUGUGUGUCUCUCUCUAUGGCUUUAGUUAAGCCACCCUCUGUUGUGCCUUAUGGUGUCUCAUUUCCUGUUUUAUUUUGGAUUUUGUGUCCACUUCCUCUUUCACCUGUUUCUCUUGUUGGUGUAUUUACUUUCCUUAUUUUUUUCCCGCCCUUUUUUCUGCGAUUAUAUGUUUCACCUGUGUCGACCUUGUGUAUAUAGUCUCUGUGCUUCCCUUUGUCUGUUCUGUCUGCUCUGUGUUGCAACCCCUGUGAUAUCUCCUGCUAUCACCUGCGUUCUUUGCGUUUCCUUAUUUGGAUUCCCUGCGUUGGUUUUUUGAGCACUUAAAUUCACUUACUACCUGCUCUGUACCUCUGCACCUGUUUCAACAAUCUUUACAGUAACACAAGCAAUAAGAAAAAAGGUAACUUAACUAAAGUUGAGGCACACGAGGAAGGAUUACACGGAGAACCCACAAAUGAAGACCCAAAGUAAAAUAAUAUUUAAAAAAAAAUUCUAUUCUACUACAUUUCAAAGUAACGAGAUGUCCUAUUUUAAACCAACUCCAAGGGAUUAAGAAAUCCGCACUCUGAUGAAGAACAGGCACCAGGUCCAAGGUGUGGCCCCAUUGGCAGUCCAGGACAUGGGCUUGGGUCUUGUGGUAGAGGACGUACACCACCGCCCCACGUCGGGUUUUGCAGGAACAACUGGGAAAAGAUGUGGCAGGUUGUCAAAGUUAAGAUUGCCGAGUUACCAGACUUGAUAACCUACAAUAAGCAGUGAUGUCCUCCUCACAUGCACAAAGUGACUGCAAGAAGUUCCCAGUCUUCUUCGUCAAGCUAAAGGCCCCUCAGUGCGGCUCUCCCAGCCGGGCCUCAGCCUCGGCCUGUGCCCACUGUUUACUGUGACUGUCACCAGGCCCGCGGAGGCAAAAACAAAGGGGGGUCUGUUCCUAUUGUCCUGCCCAGGAUCGUCAGCCCCGUCCGUCUCUGGGCACAAACUGAGGCGAGGGUUGGGGGUUGUUGCAGGACUCGCCAACCUUACAAGCAAGGAGAGUCUCGGCGAGCGGAACGGGGCGCAAUUACGCACGAGUGCCAUGGCACCGGUUCUGGACAGACGCGCUCCCGCGCUGCUGCUGGUCUGGAGCUACUGCGUCCUGGCGGACACCGCCUUCGCCAACUUCACUCUGGACAACGAGUUCCACUCCAGCUUCAUCCACCGCCGGCUGAAGAGCCAGGAGCGCAGGGAGAUGCAGCGGGAGAUCCUGUCGAUCCUGGGGCUGCCGCACCGGCCGCGGCCGCACCUCCACGGGAAGCACAACGCGGCCCCGAUGUUCAUGUUGGACUUGUACAACGCCAUGUCCACGGAGGGCGACGAGGACAGAUACUCGUACCCCUACAAGCCCGUGUUCACCACGCAGGGGCCCCCGAUAGCCAGCCUGCAAGACAACAACUUCUUGAACGACGCAGACAUGGUCAUGAGCUUUGUCAAUUUAGUGGAGCACGACAAGGAAUUCCUCCCAGUGCGCCGCCAUCACAGGGAGUUCAGAUUCGACCUCUCCCGGAUCCCGGAGGGCGAGGCGGUCACUGCGGCCGAGUUCCGCAUCUACAAGGACUUCAUUCACGAACGUUACGACAACGAGACGUUCCGCAUCAGCGUCUACCAGGUGCUGGAGGAACACUCCGACAGGGAGUCGGAUCUGUUCCUGCUCGACUCGCGGGCGAUCUGGGCCGCGGAGGAGGGCUGGUUGGUGUUUGACGUGACGGCCACCAGCAACCACUGGGUCCUGAACCCGGGCCGGAACCUGGGGCUGCAGCUGGCGCUGGAGAGCACGAACGGUGAGAGCAUCAACCCCCGCGUGGCGGGCCUGAUCGGUCGCACCGGGCCCCAGAACAAACAGCCCUUCAUGGUGGCCUUCUUCAAAGCGACCGAGGUGCACCUGCGAAGUAUCCGCUCGGCGCCGGCCGGGGCCAAACAGCGCAACCCCAACCGCUCCAAGGGGGCGAAGAGCCAGGAGGCUCUGCGAGUGGCCAGUGUCGCAGAGAACAGCAGCACUGAUCAGAAGCAGGCCUGUAAGAAGCACGAGCUCUACGUCAGCUUCAGGGACUUGGGGUGGCAGGACUGGAUCAUCGCUCCCGAAGGAUACGCGGCCUACUACUGCGAGGGCGAGUGCGCUUUCCCGCUGAACUCCUACAUGAACGCCACAAACCACGCCAUAGUGCAAACGCUCGUUCACUUCAUCAACCCAGACACGGUUCCUAAACCUUGCUGUGCCCCGACGCAGCUCCACGCCAUCUCGGUGCUCUACUUCGACGACAGCUCCAACGUCAUCCUCAAGAAGUACCGCAACAUGGUGGUCAGAGCAUGUGGCUGCCACUAGACAUGCACGCGCACGCACACACACACACACACACACACACACACACACACACACACACACAGAGCGGAUGAACAUUGAGAUUAGCCUCAGACUAGUUUAGUUUUUACUUCGUGCAACUGUACUUGUGUUACAGAGCGAAGACUAAAGUUCACUCUGUAACACAAGUACACACAAACACGCACACACACACACACACACUCACACACACUGAGAGAGCGGAUGAACGGUGAGAUUAGCCUCAGACUAGUUUACAGAACGAAGUUUAGUCUUCGUUCUGUAACACAAAUACACACGCACACACUCUCACACACACACACACACACACACACACACACACACUGUCUGAGCGGAUGAACAGUGAGAUUAGCCUCAGACUAGUUUAGUUUUUACUUUGUGCAACUGUACUUGUGUUACAGAGCGAAGACUAAACUUCACACGCACACACACACACACACACACUUACACACACGUUUGUGCUUUCUACUGUGUAUACCAGACAUUUAAAGCAGUGGUUGUUCUUCAUUCACAGUCAAACAAUCUUUUUUUUUUUCAAUAAUUGUAGUUCAUUCUUUUUACUGUAGAUUUUUAUUAUAUAUAUAUAUAUAUAUUUGUAUAUUUUUUACGACUGAAACCCAGAUUGAAGUUCUGAAAUUCCUCUAUGUACAAUACUGUGUAAAUAUUUUUUUUUUUUCCAAAAAAAGGCAAGACGUGUAUUUAUUUGCUGAAAUGUCUCGUGUGUUUUUUUUGUUUUUUUUCUCCUGUUUCCUGUCACACACACACACACACACACACACAAAGUGCUCGGACGCGAGGUCAGAUUCAGAGCUCCUCUCUCCGCUUCCCGUGGAAACGUACAAACGAGCUCCAUCGGUCGAAGCUGUUACAUUAAAGACCUGACGCACACGUUUCUUCCAACACAACCAUCGGCUGACGUGUCGAGAGAGAGAGAAGGGAGAUUUGUUCAAAGCCUCUUUCUUUUCAGGUUUAUUCCUCUGCUGUGAUACAAUCUGUCAUAUUAUUAUCUAUCUAUUUAUUGAGAGCUGAGUUGUUUCUACACCGUGUCUCCAACAUGUUUAACUGCUGAACUGGUGCAACAAUAAACUGGGAGAAAAGCAACUAAA